CAACAUAGGACUUUUGCUCUGUCUUGCUGAAGGCCUUGUGCUGUUGGCCUUUAGGUCACGUUUGUGCCUAGACUGAGACUCCAUGCAUAAGCUCGGUUGGUUUGGAUUGUGCUGCCCCUGCAACCCUGCCCGUGUUGGUGAGAUACCAGCUGCGAUGUGGGCCCUAGACCCCAAGGAAACCUUCUGGAGAGUGACAUUCUUCCGGACUCUGGCAACAGUGUUAGUGCACCUUGGACAGCUCCUUGAAAUUUUGGACUGAAACCCGGAAGAGAUUCCAUUGCCCCACUGACAUCAGAACCAUCAGCCGUCACAGAUUUGUUUGUGGUUUUGAAGAGGGCUGCUGCUAUUCAUUAUUUCCACCACACUGGCGACAGGUUUCUGGGAAAGCCCACAGAGGCGGAACAUGUCCUCCUGACUCAGGCAGACCCAGAGCCAAAGGACACCCCUCUGAGAGGAAUCCAGGAUAGCAAAGACAGCGGCUGAGAAGUGUCUUGUGCUUCAUUGGCAAAACCAAGGCCCAGCAUCGACAAAGACACAAAAAGGCUUGCUCCAUGGAGUUGGUAUCAGACUGGAGGACACGACCAAGAGUCCCUCUCCCAGCCAGCAAAGCUCCUCCAGCUUCUCAGCAACAUGAAAGUGUCUCUAGCUGCCUUCGCUCUCACCGCCACGGGGCUCCUGGUGGCUCUCUGCUUCUCUGCCUCUGCUGCUCCAGUGGGGUCCGACCCCCCCACCUCCUGUUGCUUCUCCUACACGGCAAAGAAGAUCCCACGCAGCUACGUGGCUGACUAUUACGAAACCAACAGCAGAUGCUCCCAGUCAUCCAUCGUGUUCAUCACAAGGAAAGGCCGGGAGAUCUGUGCCAACCCCUCUGAGAAAUGGGUCCAAGACUAUGUGAAUGACCUGGAACUGCACUGAGCCAAGCGGCAGCAUGGGGGCCAUUGCCAGCGAGGCCAAAGGGCCGUUGGUUGGAGCCGGGCCGGCCGUCAUUGCUCACCAAGUCAACCAAGGACAUUUCAAGGAAACCCCCUUGCUGCUGGCUGUGGUUGUGGCUGUUUUGCAGUUAUAUCUCAUGGAUUUUUUGUGAUAAUUUAAAUUUAUUUAUUGUGCUCAAAACUAAGAGUUCAUUUCUGCUAAUUAUUUUAUUUAUGUAACGUUGAAGGCGACAUAAAGUGAGUUGCCUCUUUAUACCUUUAUAUAUUUGACUGUCUAGAUAUGAAUUGACCAAAGAAUAAGGAUUUCUACAAUAAAUAUUUUCCUGCCAGUUGUGGUGUAAUCUGAAUG